AUGUGUCUACUACAUAUUGUUGAACCCAUCGAUGUUGAGUUUACAACGCUUGGUAGAAUGACAAUGAGCAUGGCCAACAAGCUUUAUAAGUUACCACAUGCACUCAUCACUCCUGGCCAGUUUGGAAUUGCCACUGACUUUGAUGAAAAUGAUGUUGGGCACUGGCUUCUCCCGAUAGAAGAUGUCGUCCAAACUUACCUAGUAGAAAGCCCUCAAACUCAUGAUCUCACUGACUUGUGCAGCUUCUACAUGACCACUUUAACAAUCCUUGGUAACUCAGAAAUACACAACUACUACAAUGUUGCGACAGAGACCUCGUUUCCUCAGCUGAUGAAUGAUGCCCUAAUCGUUUCUAAGCAAAAAGGUUUUGAUAUUUUAUAUGCGUUGGAUGUGAUGCACAAUGAGAGUUUCUUUAAAGAGUUGAGGUUUGAUCCAGGAGAUGGACAGAUCCAUACGAGGAGAGAGUUGACCUUGAUAAGUAAACUCAACGCAAAUAUGCAGAUGACAAUCGUAAGUACUUAA